UGGAGAUUCGCAAGAAGAAGAAGAAGAAGCAGAAACCCAUUACUGCACCUCCCCUUCCCCUUUCGCGCGAGAGAGGGAGAAAAAAAACCCCACACCGCAGCUCUCAUCCUUCAGCCGUAUGCAGUACUCUCGGAAUUGCUUUCCGCUAAAUUGCUAAAUUGAAAACAAGCUGCUGAAAACCGCAUGAGGUCGAGUGAAUGAUAUGAGCAACAUUAACCAUCCCUUCUUGGAUUCAGAGGCAUCCAUAUGAACCUGCGUAUUUGUAGUCGUCUGAAGGAGAUCCUACGGAUUUAAACAUUUCUUCCUGCUUUACGGCGUCCCCAAAUGGAGUUCAUAAACGAGUCGUUGGGCUUUGGGGAUCCGAGGCAUAUUCGGCUUUACAACGAGUCGCUGUUCCAAAACAACUUCAGUGAGUUCAGCGACGCGGACGACCUGUUCCCGCGCAGCGUGAGGAUCACCAUCGCACUGGUCUACAUGAUCGUGUGCAUGGUGGGACUCGUAGGAAACUGCUUGGUGAUGUAUGUCAUUAUCAGGUACACCAAGAUGAAGACAGCCACCAAUAUCUACAUUUUUAACCUGGCUUUGGCUGAUGCAUUGGUCUUGGCCACACUUCCUUUCCAGGGCACAGAUGUGUUCCUAGGUUUCUGGCCCUUUGGCAAUACCUUGUGCAAGGCAGUAGUUUCCAUCGACUACUACAACAUGUUCACUAGUGUCUUCACCCUUACUGUGAUGAGCAUGGACCGCUAUGUGGCUGUGUGUCAUCCUGUCAAAGCUCUGGAUAUGAGGACACCCCACAAAGCCAAGGUGGUCAACAUAUGUGUGUGGCUACUGGCCUCUGCCAUUGGCGUGCCAGCCAUGGUGCUUGGAGAUGUUGAGGAUGACCAUGGCAUUGAGUGCAUCUUGGUCCUGCCAGACCCCCGCAGCUAUUGGGACCCAGUGUUCGGCACAUGUGUGUUCCUGCUCUCCUUCCUAAUCCCGGUAGCCAUUAUUAGUGUGUGUUAUAGCCUGAUGGUCAAGCGCCUGCGCAAUGUACGUAUUUUGUCCGGUUCCAAGGAGAAGGAUCGCAACCUGCGGCGUAUCACGCGCAUGGUGCUGGUGGUGGUGGCAGCAUUUGUCGUGUGUUGGACACCCAUCCAGAUUAUGGCACUUGCACAGUCACUGGGUGUGAAUCUGGGCAGUGUGCACACUGUGGUGCUCAUGCACUUCUGCAUUGCACUUGGCUACGUGAACAGCAGCCUAAACCCAGUACUCUAUGCUUUUCUGGAUGAGAACUUUAAGCGCUGCUUCCGUGAGUUCUGCCAGCCACCAUCUCCUUUCAGCCUGGAUGCGCAGCAGCAGUCGGGCCGCAUGCACAGCGUGGCGCGAGAUGUUGCCUACAACUGCAAAACUACAGAGGCAAACAGUAAUGCUGCAUGACUAGGCGUGGAGCUGCCCCUGGUCAGCCCGGAACAGCCACCAAAUCCAGGGACAGGACACUCUAACUCAGAGCUCACUCAGAUCACUGUUCUCUAGCACUGUCUAGGGGUGGAGGAAUGAGAAGGACAAGGACUGAGGGUGGGGUCAAAAUCAGUGACACACCUAAUCUUAGGGACAAAGGGGCUCACUUUUUAGUCUUGUGCAGAUUAGGUAUUAAUGUCUUCAUCUUUUGCUUGAUUUGUUUUUUUUAAAUCAUCAUCUCUUUGUUAUUUGGUGGUGACACUAAAGAGAUGCUUUUGUGUAUUGGUGGCAUUUGGUAUUUAUUUCAAUGGGACUACAUUGCCUUAAAUAGAUUAUAAACUCUGUCAAAGUUGAAGCUUGAGUGACCUGGAUUGAGCUUAACUCACAUUCUUUUAAAAUUACCUUCCAGUUGACCACAUUCCAUUUAAAACAUACAAAACAGAGACUUAACUGUUAAAGCCAGAUGUUUAUUUAAAAAUGCUAUUUUUCCUGUUUGUCCUGUAACAAAAAGAAAAAAAAUGUAAUAUUGCAUUGUUUCAUGGCAGGUUUAUUCUCUAGCAUAAUUUGUACAGAAGGUAAAAAUGUAGUGCAUUUAGUGUUAUAUUAAUCGGUGCAUACAAUGAAGUUAAUUAGCAUGAGUCUUAGUAUUCUUACAGUCAUCUGUCAACCAUACCUCUGAUAUUCUUGAAUGUUUUGAGUGUACCCAGCAUCUUGGUUCACUACCUCGUGUUAUGGUGAGUCUGAAACAAGGAGUAAGCUUUCUCAUCAGUUUACAUCACUGACCGCUGAAUGUCAAAUGACUUUUUAAAGAAGCCAAAAAAAAGUUAUAAAUAGGUAGAAAGGUUCUCUAGUAGUCUGGAAAAGACACUGUAAACUUAAAAGCUUCUUCAUGUAUGCUGUAUUUAAUGUUGUAAUGAUUUGUUCACUUGCUGAAAUGUAUUGGUUUACUUAUUUAUUUAUGGAAUUAUUUAUUACUGAAGAGAAUUGUUGGACAAACAGAUGCUGAAGCUGCCAUGUCAGUUGUCAUAAUGGAGUCUAAACAAUUACUGUAUUCUGAGGUUAAUAUUGGAAAUUAUCUAUAUAUUUUCUCUGUGUGCAUUAAAUGACAUUAAAUGAUACUGCAAAGAUCUGUUCCACCUUUGUUCAUACAGCUGGUUUUCUUUUUUUCUCUCUGAGCAGCAAGUAAUAAAAAACGAGGAAGAGGAAAUGCAGAAGUGGGGGUAUGUUUAAAUUGGAAAAGGCUUUGUGUGGGCCGCAUAUAAACAAAACUGACUUUUUAAAUGUCUUUAUCACACAGGGAAUCAUAUGAAUCAGUUCAUCAGUCCACAUCUUUCAUGCUAAUAUACAUGGCAAUGUUAGAAUUCUUUUUUCUGCAGAAACAUGCAUAAUUUGCCAGUACAAGGAGUUGUGCAACAUGGAGUGUGACAGUUGAAAUCCAUCAAUGCAGUGGUAUUUUCCCAUCUAUUCUAGUCCAAAAAUAUGUGAUACCACCCACCAUGACUCGAUCUUGGUACAAACACAAUACUAAAAUGGUAUUUUCCUUCAAAUCCCUUUGUCCCUUUUCUUGCGACCAAGUUUUGUUGCUGUACACUAUUUAUGACACCCUACUUCACUCAACUACCUGAAUAUGACAGAUGGCCUUUUUCAAAGGUGUCUUAAGUCCAAAAGUUGUCAAUAUUUAUAUGGGGAAAGUUACUUGUAUUCAGAAUCUGGUUAUUGACAUAAAUUAAUUUUCUGUGGGCCCCAAUUGAAAUGCAAGACACCUAUAUGUAGUUCAUACCUCUGAGCUUGCCAGACUUUUCUUGAAUAGAGGUGUCUGAGAUGGAAAUUUAAAUAGCGUCUAGACAACCGCAUUUAAACACAAGUGCUUGCCUUUAACCCUGAAAAAUUCCAGGAAUUGAAAACGCUGUCUCCCAUCUGUUGAUUGUACUUUCCACAGCAAAAUUAAAAUGGUCUCAGUGUGCAUUAGGCCAGUUUACAUCAAAAGCAUUUUUUAAUUUCUUGCUGUCUCAUUUUUGCAUGAUACACUGCGAACUUUAUUUAAAAUAAUAAUCGGACUACCUAUAGUGGCAUAGUAAAGUGUAUAGUCAGAAAAGGCACGCAAGCCUUAUCCUCUGACAUUCUAUCUAUAAUUAUCUGAACUUUCGCCCAUUUUUUGGUUUACACAUUUGGAGUUUUCUUUUUUUUUUUCC